CCCAGACGACCUCCACGUCCGACCUCUGGGCCACAAAAUACGCUAGUGUAGCGAUUCCGACCCUCCAGAGGCCAUGUCGACGGCCUAUCCUCUCCCUUCUAACCUCUCGAAAGAGACGGUCGCCAAUACCGCGUCCUUGCUGCGCAUCAUAGCUCUCGGCCUCAUAUCCGCUGCUGCUAUUGCUUCGCGUCUCUUUGCCGUCGUCAACUUCGAGAGUAUCAUCCACGAAUUCGACCCAUGGUUUAACUACCGUGCGACACGAGUUCUGGCGUCCAAGGGUUUCUAUGAAUUUUGGAAUUGGUUUGACCCCACCGCCUGGUACCCUCUCGGCCGUGUCGUGGGUGGUACCAUCUACCCCGGCUUGAUGGCCACCAGCGGUGUCAUCUACAACCUCCUCCAUUUCAUCAACCUCCCGGUCGACAUUCGCAACAUUUGCGUUCUGCUCGCACCCGGUUUUAGUGCACUCACGGCUUGGGCUACAUACAUGUUCACCAAGGAAUUGAAGGACGAAUCCGCAGGCCUCCUCGCCGCAGCCUUCAUCGGCAUCGUCCCGGGCUACAUCUCCCGUUCCGUCGCGGGCUCGUACGACAACGAGGCCAUCGCCAUCUUCCUGCUCAUGUUCACCUUCUACGCUUGGAUCAAGGCGCUCAAGCAAGGGAGCGCCUUCUUCGGCAUGAUUGCCGCCGUGUUCUACUUCUACAUGGUUGCCGCCUGGGGUGGCUACGUGUUCAUCACGAACAUGAUUCCCCUCCACGCGCUCGUGCUCCUCCUCAUGGGCCGCUUCAGCAGCCGCCUCUACGUCGGUUACUCGUCGUGGUACGCUAUCGGCACGCUGGCGAGUAUGCAGGUGCCUUUUGUUGGCUUCCAGCCUGUGAGGACUAGCGAGCAUAUGGCUGCUCUGGGUGUUUUCGGUCUCUUGCAAAUUGUUGCUUUCGCACAGCUCGUUCGCCAACAUGUCUCCUCGAAGCAAUUCCAAAACCUUCUCUUUGCCUCCGUCAUUGGCGCUGGUCUCCUUGGUGCAGCCGCUAUCGUUGUGCUGACCUACAAGGGUUGGAUCGCUCCCUGGACUGGUCGUUUCUAUUCGCUUUGGGACACUGGCUACGCCAAGAAGUACAUCCCUAUCAUUGCCUCCGUCUCCGAGCACCAGCCGACCGCCUGGCCCUCGUUCUUCAUGGACCUCCACUUCCUCAUUUUCCUCUUCCCCGCUGGUGUCGUCCUGUGCUUCCGUGAGCUGCGCGAUGAGCACCUCUUCGUCAUCAUCUACGGCGUCAUGGCCUCGUACUUCGCGGGUGUCAUGGUCCGUCUGAUGCUCACGCUCACCCCUUGUGUUUGCGUUGCCUCUGCCGUUGCCCUCUCCACCCUCAUGGACACCUACCUCGACCCCACGGAACCCGAAGGCGCCGUUGAGGCUGCCGACGACAGCAAGAGCGAUGCCGGGUCAACCGCCACCAACGGCACCCCAUCCAAGAAAGCAAAGAAGGCCAAGGACGCUGCCGCCGCCGCCCCCUCGGGCAGCGCACUCAGCGACCUCGUUGCGGGCGUGACGUCCUCAUCUACCAAGGCAAAGGAUGCGCAGCGCCCCAAGGGCGUGUUCGGGUUGGACACUCGCUUCAUGGUGCUCAUCAACACGCUCGGGCUGUUGCUCUUCUUCGUCGUGCACUGCACGUGGGUCACCUCGAACGCGUACUCGUCGCCCUCGGUCGUCCUCGCGUCGCACAACCCCGACGGGAGCCAGAACCUCAUCGAUGAUUUCCGUGAGGCGUACUACUGGCUGCGCCAGAACACGCCGGAGACGGCAGUCGUUGCGAGCUGGUGGGACUACGGGUACCAGAUUGCGGGGAUGGCGGACCGCCCGACGCUUGUGGAUAACAACACGUGGAACAACACGCACAUCGCCACCGUGGGCAAAGCCAUGUCUUCGCCCGAGGAAGUUGCCUACCCGAUCCUACGCAAGCACGACGUUGACUACGUGCUCAUCAUCUUUGGUGGCCUGAUCGGCUACUCGGGCGACGAUAUCAACAAGUUCCUCUGGAUGGUGCGCAUCGCCCAGGGCGUCUGGCCCGAUGAGAUCCAGGAGCCCGACUACUUCACCCCGCGCGGCGAGUACAAGGUCGACGACGAGGCGUCCCCCGCCAUGCGCAACAGCAUGAUGUACAAGAUGUCCUACUACCGGUUCGCAGAGCUCUUCGGCGGCCAGCAGCCCGUCGACCGCGUGCGUGGGCAGCACCUGCCCCUGCAGGGUCCGCAGAUCGACUACAUCGAGGAGGCGUUCACGUCCGAGAACUGGAUCGUGCGCAUCUACGAGGUCAAGAAGGACGACGUGCUCGGCCGCGACCACAAGCUCGCGAACGCGUUCUCGCAGGGCAAGAAGCGCAAGCGCUCCAAGCCCCUCGCGAGGCGCAGGGCCGUCGGCGCGUAAAGCUGAGCCGAAGCUUUGGAGUUGAUAGAUAGAUGAUGAAAGCGAGUAUCUCUCAGCAUAGUCGUAAUUUUUAUGUCAAGCCUCGGAAGGCGGUGGACGAUAGAUAGUUAUAUACUUACCACUGCCGAGUCAAGCUUGUGUCUGAAGCAUGUAAUUCCCAUACCUUCUCGCAUCAAUGCUAUCGAUACAUUUCCA